GGAAUAACUCAGUUUUAGGUAAGCCUUCCUACAUCCUAGAAUAACCUGUCUCUUCAGCUGGGAAGCAGAGGGAACGUUCUCCUCCUUAAAGCCUGCGGAGCCCAGGCCUCUUGGAGCAUCUUGGGGGCUGACACAGCGGAGGUUCCGGGCACACGUGGCCACUCCCAGCAGGAGGCCACCAUGCCCCACAUUCCUGAGGAUGAGGAGCCCCCCGGAGAGCCACAGGCAGCCCAGAGCCCUGCCGGCCAACAGGACCCUCCCACCGCAGGAUUAUCUUGCAGUCCACCCACAAUCGUCCUGACGGGUGAUGCCGGUUCACCAGAAGGAGAAACUGACCAAAACCUGGCCAACAGAGCUCACAGAUCCCACAAGAGGCCUUCUCACCGGCACUUGAAGGUUUCUACCGUUUCGCUGACAUCUGUGGACCCUACGGGGCACAUCAUUGACCUGGUAAAUGACCAGCUGCCAGACAUCAGCAUCUCAGAGGAGGAUAAGAAGAAAAACCUGGCGCUGCUGGAGGAAGCCAGGUCAGUGAGUGAGAAAUUCCUGACCCGCCGUGGAAGGAAGUCCAGGAGCAGCCCCGGAGACUCCCCAUCAGCUGUUUCCCCCAACCUCAGCCCUGGACCUUCUCCUACAUCCUCUCGGAGCAACUCUCUUACUGUCCCCACCCUAGAAGGUUUGGAUGUGUGCAGUGACCCACAGUCCCCUCUGCCUGGAGCUUCACCACAGAGAGGAGAUGAAGCCAAAGACUCUUCACCUCACCUUGGCGAGCCAAAUGUCCCCAAAGGGCUAGCUGACCGGAAGCAGAAUGACCAGAGGAAAGUGUCUCAGGGAAGGCUGGCUCCUCGUUCUCCUACGGUUGAGAAGUCCAAAGAGAUUGCAAUAGAACAAAAGGAAAACUUCGAUCCUCUCCAGCACUCCGAGAAUACAUCCAAGAGCCCAACUUCUAGUUCAAGCAGCAGUGGGAAAAUGGCCCUGAAUAGCCCUCAGCCUGGCCCCGUGGAGGGUGAGCCAGGGAAGCAGCUCUUGAAGACUGCCAAGGAGGGCAGCCCUCUGCCGAAAAGCCCAGCCCAGGGCUCUGGAGGGGCGGCUCCCCCAGCCCCCCAGGGGAGAGGCCCAGUUGGAGAACCAAUGGGGUCCAGGGUCGGCCCUAAAGCCGAACCACAGCCACCUGUGUCCCGUCCCCCCCUACUGCGGGGGGUCUCCGGGGACAGUGGCCCUGAAGAACCCAGCUCCCGGCUACAGAAAGUAUUUGCCAAGCUGCCACUGGCAGAGGAAGAGAAACGUUUUGCAGGCAAAGCCACUGGCAAGCUGGCCAAGGCACCUGGACUCAAAGACUUUCAGAUCCAAGUGCAGCCUAUUCGGAUGCAGAAACUGACCAAGCUCCGCGAGGAGCACAUCCUGAUGAGAAAUCAGAACUUAGUGGGGCUCAAGCUGCCAGACCUUAGUGAAGCGGCUGAGCAGGAAAAAGGGCUUCCUUCUGAACUCUCCCCAGCUAUUGAGGAAGAAGAAUCAAAGACUGGCUUAGAUGUUAUGCCUAAUAUUUCUGACGUGCUGCUGCGCAAACUACGGGUCCACAAGAGUCUGCCUGGAAGCGCUCCUGCACUCACCGAAAAGGAAGUUGAGAACGUGUUUGUACAACUAUCCUUGGCCUUUAGAAAUGACAGCUACACCCUGGAGUCUAGAAUUAACCAGGCUGAACGGGAACGCAACCUGACAGAGGAGAACACGGAGAAAGAACUGGAAAACUUCAAAGCUUCCAUUACGUCCUCAGCUUCACUUUGGCAUCACUGUGAGCACCGGGAGACCUACCAGAAGCUGCUGGAGGACAUUGCUGUCCUUCACCGCCUGGCUGCCCGCCUUUCCAGCCGUGCUGAGAUAGUGGGGGCCGUCCGCCAGGAAAAGCGCAUGUCAAAAGCCACAGAGGUGAUGAUGCAGUACGUGGAGAACCUGAAGAGGACAUAUGAGAAGGACCACGCGGAGCUCAUGGAGUUUAAAAAGCUUGCAAAUCAGAAUUCAAGCCGCACCUGUGGCCCCUCUGAAGACGGGGUCCCUCGCACGGCACGGUCCAUGUCCCUCACAUUGGGAAAGAAUAUGCCCCGCCGGAGGGUCAGCGUUGCUGUGGUUCCCAAGUUUAAUGCCCUGAACCUGCCUGGCCAAACUCCUGGCUCAUCACCCAUCCCCUCCUUACCCGCCUUGUCGGAAUCACCCAAUGGAAAAGGCAACCUACCUGUUACGUCAGCACUGCCUGCACUUUUGGAAAAUGGAAAGACCAGUGGAGACCCAGAUGGUGAAGCCCCUGCUCCUGGGCCAACCCUGAGCUGCCUAGAAGAGGUCAGUCAGGAGACCAAGGCCAGAAUGGAGGAAGAAGCCUUCAACAAGGGAUAUCAGGAAGGUCUAAAGAAAACCAAAGAACUUCAAGACCUGAAGGAGGAGGAGGAGGAACAGAAGAGUGAGAGUCCCGAGGAACCUGAAGAGGUCGAAGAAACUGAGGAAGAGGAAAAGGACCAGAGAAGCAGCAAACUUGAAGAAUUGCUUCAUUUCUUACAAGUCAUGUAUCCCAAACUGUGUCAGCACUGGCGAGUGAUUUGGGUGAUGGCUGCAGUGAUGCUGGUCUUGACUGUUGUGCUGGGGCUCUACAAUUCCUAUAACUCUUGUGUGGAGCAGGCUGAUGGGCCCCUUGGACGAUCCACUUGCUCAGCAGCCCAGAGGGACUCCUGGUGGAGCUCAGGCCUCCAGCAUGAGCAGCCUGCCGAGCAGUAGGAAGCCCUGAUACCUGGCCAGUGCUCUGGUCUGGUGUGCCCAGCCUACUGCCCCUUCCCCAAGCAUAAUGUCAGGCCCAGGUGUGGACACGCUGGUGCCCAUCCCAUCAGGAAUGAGGGGUUCUUUCACCCUCAACACUUCUGUGGGAGUUAUUCAUACACAGUGACUCAAUGUUCUUGGAAGAUCAAGAAUAUUGCCUGGGAAAGCAUCCAGUGGACAAAGAAAUCACCUUUACCAAGGAAGUCUAACUGAAGGGAAGUUCUUCUGCUUUAGAAAGAACUAAAACACCUUCGCCAGGGGAGGAGGCAUUAAGAGGCUCACUCUCUCCUUUUUUCUCUCUGCAAUUGGCUAUCAGGAAGAAUUGUGCAUAACAACUAAUACUGAUCCUAAGGAUCAGACCUGGAAUUUGGAGUGGCAACAUGAAUAUCUUCCCAUUUACUAUUUAAUUUUCAAUGACUAUCCUUCAACCUCUCUUUCUCCCUGUUGGAAUCAGAGUUUCUCUUCGCAGAAGUAGGAAAGGAUUCUCAGAAAAAAAAUCUAUAGCUGAAUUUAGCUCAGUGCUUGAGAUGAAGUGGGAAGAUGUGAAUUACUAUCCAUCUGCACACACACAACACGCACACACAACACACAUGCACAAAACCAACAGCCCUAAAAAAGUGUGCAAUGGGUGUGUGCUCUGGAUAAAUAAGAUGCAUGUCAAGCCAACCCACAGACUUUCACUAGGUGUGGGGAAGUCACCAGGCACCUAUUCAAUGAACUUGCCACAUGGAUUGAAGAUGUUUGAAAAACACUGAAAACACAUGGCUUCAUUGACAGAAUUACUGGUCUUUAUUGCAAAUAUUGAUUCUAAGCUCUUGUACAGUACUAUCUAUUUCCUAUUCUCUUUUUUAAAAGCAGUUAACCCCUCUCUCAGGUGAAGGAGGAGGAAAGGUGUGUUUUCAGUGUUGUCUGUACUCUGUGUGUGUGCCCAUAGGCAAGGGUGCAGUUGCACCUUAGUGCUUCAGUUCGAAUGAGAUUUCCAACCUAACUGUAAGCUUUGAAAUUGUAUUCCAAAUUGUCAUAAAAUUGAAAGUGCACAUCCCAUCUUCAGUUUGGCUUUUCUCCUCACCUUUACAGCUUCUGCCUUCAUUCAGCCCUCAUCAGUUUUGUGGGUGUUGGUUUCUGUGUAGGUUUUGUUAUAGUUGUUUUGCUUUUGCUUUUUUGUUAUUUUUUUACUUUUGUUGCUAAUGCUCAUAUGGUUCUCCAUAUUCUGUAAGUAUUGAUUCACUUAGUCCUCAAGAAAUAAAAAUCUAUGAGGUGGGUACUACUCUUCCCAUUUUCAAAUGAGGAAACAGUAGCAUAAAAAGGACAAGAAACUUGCUAAGGACAUCCCACUAAGUAAAUCAUGGAGCUAGAAUUCAAACCUAGGUAGGCUGGCUCCAGGACUGUGCUCUUAUUGCCUCUCUAAUGGUCUCCUAACUGGAUGCCUUACAGUCCAGUCUUAAUCCCUCACAUGACCCUUCAACUACUCCAAAACAUCUCUGGUUCCCAAACUAAGUGAUUUCUCUUGCAGCUCUGGACCUCCACUCACUAGAAAUUCUCUAGUCAUUCUUUUUUCUUCUGGUUACUCUUCAGGACCAAGUGCAAAAAUCAUCCCCUCCAUGCAGGUUUUGAUGACCUCCCUUCCACAUUACCCACCAUAUACAACCUACUUUGUGCUUUCCAGUAUUUUCUAAAUAUUUUCAUUACUUAUCUUUACCUACCUAUAUCAAUAACCUAUUUAUGUAUCUAUGUCUUAUCUCUUGGGUAAGUGCCUAGCAUGGUGGCUUAUACUUGGGAAGGUGUCAUUAAAUGUCAAUCAGAAAAAGCAUUCAAGGUGGUAAAGAAUAGCCUGGGACAGCUGAUACUUUGCAUGCUUCCAAGUACCAGCACCAUCACCACCACCACUAUCACCACCAUCUCAAUGGGCAAUGGGAAAAGUAGCAUCUUUCUUAGCCUCAGCUUAUUCUAACGUUUCUCAGUCUAUUUUAAAAGAGUAGGAAUGAGACCAGACUAGAAAUACCAUUUCCAAGCUCAUGGACUCAAUCCAAUUACUCCCUUCAGAGAGGACUCUCCCCCCAAAACCCCCACUUUAGAGUACCAUGUUUAUUGAAGGAGAAUCCUUUAUAGUGGCUCAAAAAUGACUGUGAGAGGAGCCCAAGCCAGGGUUGGCCCAGGAUGUGCCAUUAAGGUAAAGAGGUACAGUGCAGGUCAGAGAGACUUUGGGGGCAUUAGUGAAUGGUUUACCUGGCCUCUAUAGGGGGUCCAGAUACAACUGAAGGAGCAUUAGCUACAUGAGGUCCUCAGAGACAAAGGCAGGCUGUGAAUGGAGUUCUAGAGAGUGGCUGUGGGGUAGGACUCUAGAUGGGCAAUCUCCAGUCUCAGCCUCCCUUAAAGAAGGACCAGGCUGAGCUGGUCCAUUGUACACUUGGCCACAAGCUUCCCGUCUUUGUUCCAGGUGAGUCAAAGGCCAGGAAAGCAGAUGCAGAGAGCUUCUGCACAUUCAGCUGCUCCACAGAAAGUCCUGCAAGAGCACUUCCAGCCCAGGCCCUCUCCUGCACUACUCCAUUUGUAGUAAAGGUUGGUCAAGGAAAAGGUCAUUUCCGAAAAAGAGAAGAGUAGCCAAAUUUACAAGAGCAUUGCUGAAAAAGUACUCAUUGGUUUGAUUUGGCUGGAAAGCAAAGAUCAACCUUAAGUGGUUGGAGCUGCUGCCAAAGCAAUAGUGAAAUGGAGAGAAACAGGUCUUGUACAUCCAAUAGUGGCAUUGAUCUGAAAUAAAAGUUCCUCUCUAAAUGCUUCUGAAGCCUGCCACUUCUGGUUGGCCCUGUGAGUCUGGUUGAUGUCACCUCCUAAAGGUACCUUCCCUUUCUGACUGCCAAAAAGUGAAAUGUGUUGCUCCCUUUAUGCACCCUAACAGAGGAAAUGGAGAGGGAAAUGUUGGAUUCGUGUAUCACUGGCUGGCUGUUCCCAUCAUCAUUAAGCCUCACACGGGUGUGCUAGCAUUGAACUGUAGAAUGUCACAUACUUGAGUUUGAAAAUAAAAACACAUUUCCAAACCUUGGCAGCUUGUCAAAUGCCUCCUUAUUUUAUGGAUCUCAGUCAAAAUCUUAUCCCAACCCCAAAUUAGAUGACUUUGGAUAUAUUAGUGUCUCCCAGAACCAAGCCGGAAGUCCCCAACCCUUGGACAUUGUACUGUGGGCUCCUUCACAGGGGUCAGAUCAGCCCCUCCUUUUUUUCCCUUUCUUAUCCCUGAUCCUCAUCUCCUAUAUCUUCCUGGUUUAUGAUUUUUUAAAUUUUAAAAUAUUAAGGGGUACAAAAAUUUUUGUUAGAUGGAUACACUCUAUAAUGCUGAUGUCAUAACUUACAGUGUUCCCACCACCAGGACAGCAUUCAUUGUACCAGUAGGUAAAUUUUUAUCCCUCAGCCCCCUUCCAUCCUCCCUACUUCUUAGUUUUUUGUGUUCUUUGUGUCCUUUUGUGUCCAUGUACACCCAUCAGUUAGCUCACACUUAUUAGAACAUGUGGUAUUUAUUUUUUCAUUACUGAAAUACUUCACUUAGGAUAAUGGUUUCCAGUUCCAUCCAAGCUGCUGUGAAUGACAUUGUUUCAUUCCUUUUUGUGGCUGUGUAAUAUGCCAUAUGCAUAUACACCUCAUCCUUUUUAUACACUCAUGUAUCAAUGGGCCUUUGGUUGAUUCCAAAUCUUUACAAUUGUGAAUUGUUCUGUCAUAAAUAUUGGAGUGCAUGUGUCUUUUUGAUAAAAUGAUUUCUUCUCCUCUGGGUAGCUACCCAGUAGUGGGAUGAUUACUGGAUUGAAUGGUAUGUCUGC